UCUAAAGCAAAACUACACCAUUCUCGUUUUCGUUUAGUUAUCACAGCAUGCGUUGCUGUAAUUGCUGCCCACGGCCACAAGGAGGCAGGCUAUCUAUGGAUUGCUAUGAUCGGCUGUCAUGAAGCCCUCGUGCGACCGAUGGAUGCACUGAGUUGAAUUCAUGCAGAGCGUGGUGAAAAUAUUCUCCAGUCUGCUGCGUGAGGGCGGACCAAGGAGGGAGUGCAGCGCGUCAGUCAAGUGUGAGUGACAGCCCAGCGCGGGUUUAAUGCAAAGCUUGAUGUGACGUCACGUUUUUUUUUUUUUAAAGAUCUUGUGCGUGCAGAGAGCCAGACUAAGUGGUCAGACCGCGCGCGUCUUCCCCGGCGGUGCGUCAUGACCAUGGCCGCGAGAGCGGGCCACUCUGAGGAAGGCUUUUUUUUCCUCUACCCCCACGCCCCCCCCAACACACACACGGGAAGUUUUGGACGCGCCUCAGAGGAGACGGAAUGCGAUCUUUUCAAAGCUUUGGAGAGAUUAGGCAAGAUUAAUUAAAGGGGGGGGGAUACAGUGCGGGCAUCCAUGGAGAGAUGGCAUGCGCGCUCGUCUUUAAUCGCCGGCUUACAAAACCAUCAGUGUGCUUGUUGUGCCUGUUCCUUUCCUACGCGGGCUACUGCGCCUUAUUCCACGCGGAGCCGCUCACGCCGCCGGCCUCGGGGGAUCCGGCGGCCGGCGGAGCCUGCGCGUCCCCCGCGGAGGCAUCGCGGGCGCUUACGCCGCGCGCCAGGAGCCGCGCGCCCGGCCCGCCCACGGGGCGCCCUAAGUUCGGCAAUAAAAAGUUGCCCGACGCCAUCAUCGUUGGCGUGAAGAAGGGAGGAACCAGGGCGGUUCUGGAGUUCAUACGCAUCCACCCGGACGUGAGAGCCGCCGGCACCGAGACGCACUUUUUUGACAGGCACUACGGCAGAGGGCUCGAGUGGUACAGAGCGGCCAUGCCGAGGACCCUCGAAGGGCAACUCACCAUGGAGAAAACGCCCAGCUACUUUGUGACAAAAGAGACGGCGCGCAGGAUCGCCGCCAUGUCCCGCGACACCAAGCUCAUCGUGGUGGUGCGCGACCCCGUCACCCGAGCCAUCUCGGACUACACGCAGACUUUGUCCAAAAGCCCCGACUUGCCGAGCUUCCGGGAACUGGCCUUCCGGAACCGAAGCUCGGGGCCGGUGGACGCCUCCUGGAACGCCAUCCGCAUCGGCCUGUACGCCCUUCACCUGGAGAACUGGCUGCGCUACUUCCCUCUGGCUCAGAUGCACUUUGUCAGCGGCGAGCGCCUCAUCGCCGAGCCGGCGGGCGAGCUGGCCCGGCUGCAGGACUUCCUGGGGCUCAAGCGCAUCGUCAGCGACAAGCACUUCUACUUCAACCGCACCAAAGGCUUCCCGUGUCUCAAGAAACCCGAGAGCAGCGGCUCGCCUCGCUGCCUGGGGAAGUCCAAAGGCAGGACUCACGCGCCCAUCGACCGGGACGCCGUCGAGCAGCUGCGCCACUUCUACAGACCCUUCAACGUCAAGUUCUAUGAGAUGGUGGGGCACGAUUUCAAGUGGGACUAGACAUUGGGGCCGACCCGAUCAUCCAAAAGCAGAGCAAAAGGCUAUUUAUUCUGGGAAGAUGGACUUUGAAAACUAUCAAUUGACAGUCGGACGCCUUGAUUUGUACUUUAAGCUAUGAAGCAAAAGCACUUUAGGGGAUUUUCUUGCGUGUUCAUCCAUUCAAUUCCGCCCGUCGCCCGGGUCAAAAGGAAUCUGGGGUCAUCCCACGGUUGGACAACUAAGCGAUUGGAUGCCUGUGAACAUUCAUUCUCUCAAAGAGCGUGGCCCCGCCUUUUUUGAUUUAAAAAAAAAUAUA